AUGUCUGUAGAAAGUAGAAGCAACAUUGCUUUAAUUUCUGAGCAACCCCCGGUAGACAAAAGCAGUCGCAAGCCGCGGUCUCCGGGUGUAUUGUCGAGAAGCCAGCAAACACCGUAUGAUACAUUCCAUCGUACGGAGCGGUUAUGUUAG